CUCUCAGUCGCAGUCUUGAUCGGACUCCCAAAAGCCAGGAAGUAACUUCAUACUUUGUAGCGAAGUACCAGUGAAGCCUGAUGGAACAGAAGCGCCGGCAGCCGCUGCGGGUUUGAAGGAAACUUUGCCGAUGAUUUCAGAUUGAGGGAAGGAAACAUUAAGGCAUAUUUAGACUGAUCGUAGGAAAGCUGAGCACUUGUUCACGGUUUGACGGCAUUUAACGAGGUGGAAAAUGCCCCGGGUGGUGCCGGAUCAGAGGAGCAAAUUUGAAAACGAGGAGUUUUUCCGGAGACUGAGCCGGGAGUGCGAGAUCAGAUACACGGGUUUUCGAGACAGACCGCAUGAGGAGAGACAAGCGCGGUUCCAGCACGCCUGCAGGGAUGGUCGCUCAGAGAUCGCUUUUGUGGCAACUGGAACCAACCUCUCACUGCAGCUCUUCCCAGCUAACGUGCACGGCGACCAGAGACAGGCACCGACGAGGGAGUACGUCGACUUCGACCGAGAGACGGGAAAGGUGUACCUCAAAGCUCCUAUGAUCCUGAACGGAGUUUGCGUGAUCUGGAGAGGCUGGAUCGACCUGCAGCGUCUGGAUGGAAUGGGCUGCCUUGAGUAUGACGACGAGAAGGCGCAGCAGGAGGACCUGAUUGCCCGGCAGGCUUUCGAAGAGGCGCGGAGGAGAGCCCGGGACUUUGAGGACAGGAAUCGCUCUCACUGUGAGGACAUGGAGAGACAGCAGGACUCCAGUCCGGGAUCCACCAUGGGAAAUUCGGACAACCACAAGAUACGCUAAUUUAUCAGCGUGGAUUCAGGUGGCGGGGUUAGGCGAAGGCCCUGUCUUGAAGCUGUCCUUCACUCAUGUGGAUCGAAGGACAAACCAAAGUUCGAAAGCUGGAGGAGGAGCUAUUUAAACUGUCGUCUAACCCAAGGCAUUGUGUGGAAGGAGAAGAAGGGGCCGAACAGAAAGUACACAUUAAGGUUCUUUGUACAGUGGGACAUGUAUGCAGCCUCGCGUCAGCAGACGGCUUUUCAGUUCUUCCUGCGCGUGUUUGUGUCUCAAUGAAAGCUUUGUUUCAAUUUAUGAAAAAAGGCAUUCCUGUUCUUUUAUUCAUACUUGACUUGAAAAUCCUGGAUGUUUACUUUUGUAUUUUUUUGUAAAGAUAUUCAGAGUGAGACUUGUAUUACACUGGUGACCAGUUGGAAGAAGAAGUGCAUUUUGUACCUCAAAUUAAGGACAAGCUGUGCAGAUCCUGUUCACCCUCAUCUGGUUGUGGUUAUGUCAUGUUAUUGAUCCGUCUGGUUCUCUGGGCAGCUGGAGAAUUUUUUUUAACCAGUAGAUGGCAGCAUUGAGGCUUCACUUUGAUUUGCUAUUAACAGUCUUAUCUGGUUUAGUUACAUUCUGAUUUGCAGCUAUGUAUUGAAUAAGGGUACAGCAUAAGUUAAAGUACCUUAAGUACAUACUAUAAGUGUGUGUAUAUAUACGUUUAUAAAUUUUGUAUAUGUGUACCUUGUUGAAAAGUACACCAUUUUCCCUUUGGGAAUGAAUUGUGUUUUUUUGCUUGCAAAUAAAGGACGGGUCAGUGGUGUGA